UUUUCAUCGAGCACAUGGCACGCGGUUUUCGCGGGCAUCAGUCGGACGUCGGGUUGGCGCUGCAAUAGCUCGAUCACGCGCGCUCCGUCCGGUUUACAAUCGUGUUUUUUGUGUGUUUUUAUUAUUAUUAAUUUUACCAUCGUCGUUAUUCACGUUCCGUUUCCCCGCGGCUACGUUUAUAAUAACGUUUACGGCAUGUUGCGAUAGAUAUUUUCAAUCGUAUAUAUUAAAUUCGUAGUAAGUAUCCAUGUAUAUUAUUAUACGGUAGUCGAACAUUUUGAAUAUUAUUCCUGAUGUGCCGCCGGAUCACUGUGACAAAAUCAUCAUCGCUGUGAACGUGAUAAUAAUAUAUAAUACACCUGUUAUACGAUUGAAGUGUAAAUAAAGUUGUUGUUGAUCAUUCGCGACUCGCGUGACUUAUCCGCAACGAUGACCGAAAAGCCUAGAGUCGUGUCUGCGUGCAUGAAACGCAUCAUUCGGACCAACGGACGAGCGCAACAGAGACCUUUGAUAUCAGGCUUGGUGACCGCCACGUUGGGAGACGAUUCUGCCUGCGCCGGCGCAAGUGACGAGACGUUAAGCGGCCGCAGCGUAGCCGAAGUUCGAGCCGGACAUCUGUUAGUCCGGUGGAACGGGCCGGCCGGGUACUGUUGGAAGUUACUCCUGCGGUACUUGAACCUCACCGCCACCGAGAACGCCACCUACGGGUUCAGUCUAGUGCGUCCCGGGUCCAAAUCACCCAUUGUCACCAUAGUGGUGGACACGGAUACGGACUACCAUCACUGGACAACGACCAUAGCGGGGCAACUUCUGAGUCAAACGCCAUUGGAUGAUGUUAAGUAUCUCGACAUACUCGGCAUUGUCACUGACCAUGCACCACUUCGACGAUACUCAUCAACAGACUCAUUGAUGACAUCUGCAUCUAAACAUAAAAAAACCAGCUCGGAUAUUCAAGAAAUCAACAAUAAUCAUAUGCCUUCAUUUAGUUCGCGUGUGUACAAGAAAAACGUUUCACACUUGCCAGACUUGAUCAGAGAAUGCGAACAAUUGCGUAGAUCGCCUGUCAAUGAGUUUUCAGACUUAAUACCAGUUAAACAGAAACGCAAGAUAUUUGAAGAAUCGCUCACUUGUUCUUCAAAGAGUGUGGACAAUUUGCAUGAUCUUUCAUCUCAUUUAACAAAUAUUAAGUCUAGGUCAAUGAACAAUUUGGAUUUGGAUUUAAGAGCUGUACCCGUGAAAGACAUUUGUAGAUAUUUCGAAAGCAGAUUCAAAACCAAUGCCGCCAAUACCAUAAAAUUCAGAUCACUGUAUUAACUUAAAUAUCGUUAACAAAAGUGAGUUAUGGGUGAUACAAUGUUUAUUAAACAUUAUGUAAAGACCUUUAGAUGAAGAAAAAUGUUCCAAAGAUUUAUGAAACUAUUAUGAUAAUAUAUUACUUAAUGUAUACUCUUAGUCAUUAAUAAAUAAUUUUGUUUUUAAAUAAAUGAAAAACAAUAAAA